AUGUCAAGAACUGUCGAAUAUGAUGAUAAGUUGUUGGUUUACUCCGACAGAAUGUCAGAAAGGCUUGAAGAGUCGAAUCAUUAUCUGAUCACAGUAUCCUCUUCAGAAGGGUUCAAGUGGAAUCAAGAUAUAUUUGCUUCGCAAUAUCAACAAAGUUACAGGGUAGUGUAUGAUGGUUAUGAUGAUUCUUACGACGAUUUGUUAGAGUCGUUCGAAGCAAAACUAAAACAGAUUGAAGUUGACGAUAUCGAUGGGGGAACCUGGCCUCCCUAUAACCAAGCUGAUAUAAUUGACGACUUACUAUUUCGAUUGCAGAGUCAAUUGAGAAGGUCAAGAAGAAAAUCAGUACAUAGUAUAAGUUUUCUGUCAGAUUCAAAAACUGGAAAUUUUAGUAAACAAAUCCCAGUGCAUAUCAGUAUUGAUGAAGAAACAAAUGAAGAUGAUUAUUUUAAAUGGUUGGCUUCAUAG